AUGCAGUCCGUCCCCGAGUCGCGCCAGCAGACCUUUGAGGAGAUCUACGGGCCUCCGGAGAAUUUCCUCGAGAUUGAAGUGCGCAACCCUCAAACCCAUGGAACCUCCCGCAAUAUGUACACCUCCUAUGAGAUCGUUUGCCGAACCAACAUCCCCGCCUUCAAGCUGAAGCACUCUGUCGUGCGCCGCCGCUACUCCGACUUCGAAUACUUCCGCGAUAUCCUGGAGCGGGAGAGCACGCGCGUGACUAUCCCCCCACUGCCGGGCAAGGUCUUUACCAACCGCUUUAGCGACGACGUCAUUGAGCAUCGACGUGAGGGGCUUCAGCGGUUCCUGCAGAUUGUCGCAGGACAUCCGCUGCUGCAGACCGGCAGCAAAGUCCUGGCUAGUUUCAUACAGGACCCGAACUGGGACCGUAAUGCGUGGUAG